CAUUCGAUCGUGGCGUGUCUCAAUCUCUGAUUUGAAUCGCGUCUCCUCCCUCCCAGAAACCCUCUUCCGCCCCGAAAACAUCAACCCUUCCAGAAACCCUAAUCUCCGAUCGAAACCCCAACCUUCCAUCGUUCUCAUCUCAUAAUCGAUUUCCCUUUCUUUCGGUGGAUUUUGGAACUCGCUUUCGCUUCCUUCGGCGAUUCGAUGCAGAUCACCGAGGAGCAGAGGAGGAGGGCGGAGGCGAACCGGCUAGCUGCCCUCGAGAAGCGGAAGCGGGCGGCGGAGGUAGCGGAUGUCGAAUCUUGGAAGCUUUCGAAGUGCCGCAACAUGCCCAGCCCAGCGACGGUGGAAGCCGCUGUCACGCUGCGGCCGCUCUCCCCGUUUCGGGCCGUCUUUGAGAUCUGUUCUCCUGACGAGUUCUCUGUCACCCCGGAGCCUCUACAGGGUUCUUGGUUCCCCGGCGAGGCCGAUUGUCUCCAGAUCAUCGAGACUUGCGUCUCAUCGGUUGUUCCUUUCUACCUCACGCUUAGCCAGGGUGGUCGAAGGACUUCUGUCUUCAAGCUUUCGGAUUAUGACUCAGUGUUGAGAUGCAUAAAGAAGUUAGCAGUGGUUGAACUGCAAGAAAUCCCUUACACGACACGUUUGGUCGUUGAGAAGUUCUCACAGUCGGUAGGCAGUUGGUGGGUACCUUGCAUGGAGGGCCACUACACGGAGGAACAAGUUGAUGAGCUUCUUGGGAAACUACCCAGGUCUCUAAGAAAUGCACUUCUUCCUUUUCAACUGGAAGGUGUUAGAUUUGCACUUCGAAGGGGUGGGCGAUGCCUCAUUGCAGAUGAAAUGGGUCUAGGAAAGACUAUACAGGCAAUCUCAGUAGCAAGUUGCUUCAGUGAUGAAGGCCCUGUACUAAUUGUUUGUCCAGCUGUCUUGCGAUUUUCAUGGGCUGAGGAAUUAGAGCACUGGCUUCCCACCCUUUUACCAAAGGAUAUCCAUCUUGUAUUUGGUCAUCGAGAUAAUCUUGACUACUUGGAAAGGCAUCCAAAGGUGGUUGUUGUUUCAUAUACAAUGUUGAAUCGUUUGCAGAAGACUAUGUUGGAAAGAAAUUGGUCACUUAUGAUUGUCGAUGAAUCACAUAAUGUACGCUGCACAAAGAAACAAAUGGAGUCAGAAGAGACAAAAUCUGUACUUGCAUUGGCAGCAAAGAUCAAGCGCAUCAUUUUACUUUCAGGGACACCUUCUUUGUCAAGGCCCUAUGACAUUUACCAUCAGAUCAAUAUGUUAUGGCCUGGGUUGCUUGGAAAGGAUAAGUAUGAAUUUGCAAAGAGUUAUUGCUCAGUCAAACUUGUUCAGCGCUCUCAUGGGGUUGUUUUUAAGGACUUUUCAAAGGGUAUCAGACUGGGAGAGUUAAAUAUACUACUUGGGCAAACCGUGAUGGUAAGGCGUUUGAAGGAACAUGUAUUAACACAACUACCACCCAAGCGUCGCCAAAUUGUAUGGGUGGUGCUGAAGGCAGCUGAUAUUCUUCUAGCAACAUCAUCAUGUUCUACAAGUGGCACAAUGGUCAUGGAUGGAGAAUCCAGAAAGGAAUCUUUUGUAGAUUGUUUUUCUGACCAAGAUAAAUAUGAUGGAGAUCAGAAACUGGAGAAAUAUGAUGCCUGUCCAGGCACUGAGUGCAAGAAAUCUCAAAAGCAUCUUUCCCAUCAAGAAAUUGGCAUCGCAAAAUUAUCUGGAUUUCGUGAGUGGUUCUCCAAUCAUUUCAUAUUUAGAGAAUCAGAGGAUGUAGAUAGUGUAGAGAUGGGACUUUGUUCUCAGAAAACAAUAAUAUUUGCUCAUCAUUUAAAGGUUCUAGAUGGAAUACAGGCAUUUAUAUGUGAGAAAGGGAUUAAAUUCGUUCGACUUGAUGGCAAUGUACUUGGUAGAGAGAGGAAACAUGCUGUUGAAGCUUUUCGUUUCUCAACAGAGGUGAUGAUUGCAAUAAUUGGAAUAACUGUCGGAAGCUGUGGGCUAGACUUUUCAUCGGCGCAGAAUGUCAUCUUCUUAGAGCUGCCAGAGACUUCAGCAGAAAUGAUUCAGGCUGAAGAUAGAGCUCAUAGGCAAGGGCAAAAUAAUGCGGUCAACAUUUACAUUUUUUGUGCAAAGGGUACAUCUGAUGAAUCACGGUGGCUGCACUUAAAUAAGAGUUUCUUUUGUUGUUCAUCCAUGACUAAUGGGAAAAAGUAUGCCAUAAAACAGAUAGAGGUGGGCUCAGUUCUUCACCUGAAAUAUAAUGAUAAUUCUCUGAGCGAUUCUUCUAUGGGCAUUUCCACAGUUGACCUGAGUAGAAGUUCAGUCAAGCAGACUAUGCAAGCUAUUGAAAUGUACAACAUAACAGCUCAAGGCAAUGAAAGCAGUGUUCAACAUAAUCAGACUACCAAGGAUCACGAUAUGAAUGGCGAGGAGCAUUCUUUGAUACAUGAAAAUCAAAAUAUCGAUGGCCAUGGAGAACAUGCAGAACAGUCUAACACCGAUUCUAUCUGCAAAACAAUAAAAUCAUACAAUGACACACAGUUUGAUUUGUUGGAGAAUAGUGCCUUUGAGGAGAAGCUACUCUCUGGAAUGUCAAAUGAUGUUGAGGUUGUAGUACCCGAGCCAGUAAUAGUUGACGAGCAUUACAAUACUCAAGCAGAGUGGCUUCGGUUUGAGGUGAGCCAAUAUACAGGGCGGGUUCACUUGUACAUUUGCAUUCUGGGAACGGAUGAAAGACCUAGACCAAUUUUUGAAAAUUUUCGUCCAGAGGAAUUAAAGUCAAUCUUAGUUUCUGCUGGUAAUACAUUUAAGGAAGCAAGUCCAGAAACCCUGAAGACAAAUCCUGCUUACUGGAAUGUUAUCAAGAAAUUUUUUGAAGAAUGGAAUGGUUUAAGGCCUAUUGAGCGGAAUAAACUUCUUGGAAAGCCUCUACAACUUCCUCUUAUUGCUGAGCUUUGCUAUUUGAAAGAUAGCAUCAACCAUGUUCGUGGAGGAUUGCUGAGAGGUGGAAGUAAUAGACGGGUUACCCCUUUAAGUGAUAUUAGCAGUCCUUUACCAGAAAAUUCAUUCUGGAAGAAGAUUACUCUACAUCAUGGUGCUGCAAAGGAAAGAGAGUACAAGCAGGCCUGGACCACAGAAGAUGUACCUCUUUGUAAACUUUGCCAAGACCCUUGCAAGCUACUUGUAUCCAGUGGAAAGCUUGCAAAAGCACCCGAAUACUUUGAAGAUCUAUUUUGUAACCUGAGUUGCUUUCAAGAAUACCGGAUAAGAACUAGUCGAAGCGCCCUUCGGGAGGCACUUUUCCAAAUAGAAAAUGGUGUAUGUACACAUUGCAAGCUGGAUUGUCACGAACUAGUCAAAUGUAUAAGACCUUUAUCCAAAUCUUGGCGGAAGGAAUACAUUGAAAAAGUUGCUCCAAAGUUGGCACAAAAGAAGAAGUUGCUUGAUAAGCUUGUCCAUGAACCAACUGAGGGGAAUGCCUGGCAUGCAGACCACAUAAUUCCGGUAUACAAGGGAGGAGGUGAAUGUAGCCUAGAAAAUAUGAGAACCUUGUGUGUGGCCUGUCAUUCGGAGGUCACCAUGGCUCAACAAGAUGAACGACGCUUAGAAAGGAUGCAGGCCAAAAAGCAACUAAAAAUAGCCAUGAAGGAACUGGAAAAUAUUAAACCUUUUAACUCUACUGCUGAUGAAGGUGGAGAUAAACAGGUUGCUGAAGAAGACCCUCUGUUCGUCAAGGUCCCUGGUAGUGUUUAUUCGAGAAAUGAGCAAUGAAGAUUGGAAAACUUCAUUGAAAUGCUGCAUCCUAGAGCUGGAACAUCAUUUUAAGCGGCUUGACUUAUGAAGAGAGCAAGAAAGUUAAACUGCAGGCUGCUGAUUUCUGUUGUUCAAAGGACUUUUUGGGGAAGUAGACUUGGAGAAGCGGGAGGAAAACGUACUGUAGAACAAGAUGGAAUUACUUCCAGAGGAAUGUUUAUAGCGUCUCCUAGAAGAUAGAAACAGCCAUGAUUGUGACCUGGGUCGUGGUGUCCCCACAGAGCUUUAUCUGAUUUCGACUACGGCGGCUGCCUUCCAUGAGCAUCCAGUACUACAGCUUUGGCACGCACUUGUAUUCACAAGAAAUUUCUGGAAGCUGAAGAAUUAGAAAUCAAAGAAGAAACAAUCUGGUGGCCAGCCGAAGGAUGUUUGCGAUUUCAUUUAAAGAUCACACCAGGAGGGUAAAAAAAUGAAAUUUAAAACGUUGACGCCAUUGAAGAUGAGAUAUGUUGUUCUGUUCCGUCUUAUUCUUUUCUUUUGGGGAGGGGAGGUUAGAUGAAUAUUGUGGUGUUUCUUUAUGUUUCGGAGUUUGGUGUAAUGUGAUUUCACAUAAAUCACAUAAAUUCAAGAGUUAAUUAUAGAUUAUACUAGGUAGUUAGACAUUUUGAACAUUCAGAUGGUUGGGUUUAAAAAAUUUAUAUUGAAAUUCUUAUAGUUAUGAAAAUAAAAUAUAUAAUUUUAUUUACUUUAA